AUCAAAUCAAACGAAAUCCAAACAUUUGACUUUGUUUGAAAAUAACAAAGUUAUAGGUUAUGCAUGAGCUGCCCUGAUUUUCUUACUUCACAACAGAAUAAUCUUUUUCUUUCACAACAUUGUGAAAGAAAAGAGUUAAAUAGGGGGAAGUGAGCUGUGCUUUCUCAAUACACUCACUACUUCUUCUUCUCAUUGUCAGCCAAGAUGCCAUUUUGGCGUCAAAACGUGUUCGUCGUGUUGCUUCUGACAGGCUCGGUGGGCGUAGCUGCACGGGUACGUUACCACCCUUCAGCAGUGUGCGCGGUGAAAGGCUCUACAGUCACAAUCGGCUGCACGUUCACACCCAUCAUGGAGGUCAUCAGGGUGGUGUGGUGCAUCAAUCACCUCAUUUGUCAUGGCAGCACACCGUCCGUGUACGACAGCGCCAAGCCCUCCUAUGGCUCACGGUACCAGUACCUGGGAGACUUGGAAGGAAACUGCACACUUCGGAUCCACGAUGUCCGGGAGGCAGACAGCAGAACAUUCCGCUUCCGGAUGGAAGCUGCUGACGCUUUGGGACAUUUCACCGGCACCACAGGGGCAAAGUUCAAUGUCAUCGAUAACCCUCAGAUGUUGGUGUUAAGCUCUACCCCUGCCAAGGUGAGCGAGGGCGACAGAGUGACUCUGAGCUGCGCUUCCCGUUGCUCCUUCCAGCAACUGGAGGUGCGCUGGUUCCAAGAUGGCAACCACGUCCUCUCAGAAUCCGGCCCUGCCUUGCAGCUGGGCUCCGUGACCAAGAGCAAGUCUGGCAACUAUACCUGCGCGCUGGCAAAGGACAUGAGGACCACGUCGCUGCCCUUCAGCCUGAAAGUGGAAGCACGUCAAUCCAACUUACGUGAUGGGCAGUUUGCGCUGACUCUUGGCUUGGCCUUUGGCCUUAUGGUGGUGUUGCUGUUUUUCAUUCUGCUGAUCUUCAUCAUUAAAAGGAAGUGUCGGGUGGCAUCAUGUGAGAACGUCAAAGGUCUGGAAGGUGAGACGGAGCAGAAGCAGCACAGUGAACAUGUGUACUGUAACUUCCCAUCAUCUGCUGAGCCAGCCGGACAGGAAAUGAGCCACAGUGCAUUGGAAAUCAACUAUGCCUCCAUCCGGUUUAAACAAACGGCUGUGAGCAGACCAGUGAAGGACAGCAAAGAAUUUGUCGUCUACUCAGCAGUAGCGAGCACAUUGCGAUGACUCAGCAGAUGUUGACAAUUCAGAAUUCUCUACAAGGAUUUAGGAAAGUCAAUGUUUUGCAAGUCUUUCAUCGCAAUUGAAGACAUGCUGAUCAAGGCAAGACAGAUUGAAUCAAGUUUGAAAUGAUAAACUUGAAAUUUUCGGUUCUUUACAAGUCAUAAGCAACGUUUAUUGUUUACCAAAUAAAAUGCCAUUUUAACAAUGUGACACAUUUGACAAAUACAAUGGGUGUAUUUUUAUUUUUUUGUGUGUAAAUAAGACCAGUGUGACAAGACUUUGUAAUGCUAAAAGAGUGCUGACAUAGCAUUCAGGAUUUAGUCAGUGCAUAGAAACGUAAGGUAAUGCAAGUGGACUUUCAUAGAUGCAUUC